AUGUCCCUCAGCAAGAAAAAGGCAAAGUCGCGGGGCUCGACGCCUGUGUCUUCUCUAUUCACUGCUCUGUCGCAGCAAUCAGAACGAAACAGCCAUGAAUUUGCCCCCACCACUACCCCUGCUCUCUCCCUGUCAUCCUCCAUGACCUCCUCUUCUGAAGACACCGUCCUUCACGAGGACGACGACGACGGACUGGCCAUUCCUCCCCGCCCACCCAAGUCUGCAGACAACUUCUCCACGGUUCACACCGAAUUCGGACAUUGCUCAAAUUCGGAAUACAGAUAUGUCUCAAAACACGCUGAGAAUGCGAGUAUUCUACCCCACGUAGACCAGGCAGCGCCAUACUACAUUCUGUUCUCGACUUACUUCAGUUACCUCAUCUUGAUCGUCCUUGGCCACAUACGCGACUUUCUGGGAAAGAGAUUCCACCCAGCGUCAUACAGGCAUCUCAUGCCCAGUAAUAAUUAUGCGCCAUUGAAUUCAGAUUUCGACUCUUUUUACACACGACGACUGAAAACCAGAAUGGACGAAUGCUUCUCCCAGCCUGUGACCGGAGUCGCUGGACGCACCAUUCAGCUUCUGGACAGGUACUCUUCAGACUACAAUCAUACCCAAAUCUUAACUGGCGGCCAAACUCGGGCACUCAACAUCUCGAGUUACAACUAUCUUGGAUUUGCUCAAGCCUCCGGCGGCUGUGCUGACGCAGUGGAGACCGCAAUCCGUGAGCAUGGCGUGUCUUCUUGUGGCUCGCGACUAGAGGGUGGCUCGACGGAUUUGCAUGUCAUCGCGGAGUCUCUUGUCGCACGUUUUGUUGGGAUGGAGGACGCUUUAAUUAGCUCCAUGGGUUUUGCAACCAACUCGGCAUAUAUUCCAGCCCUGGUGGGAAAGGGCUGCCUGGUCAUCUCCGACGAGCUGAAUCAUGCUUCCAUUCGUUUCGGGGUUCGAUUGAGUGGUGCUCACGUGCGUAUGUUCAAGCACAACAGCAUGAAGAGCCUUGAGAAGUUGCUCCGCGAAGUGGUGUCGCAGGGGCAACCGAAAACGCAUCGCCCGUGGAGGAAGAUUUUGGUUAUCGUGGAAGGCUUAUAUUCCAUGGAGGGGACAUUGGUCGAUCUCCCGCGCUUGAUCCAGCUGAAGAAACGCUACAAGUUCUCCCUUUGGGUGGAUGAAGCUCAUAGUAUUGGAGCAUUAGGACCUCAUGGACGUGGCGUGGCAGACUAUUUUGGAGUACCUCCGAAAUCAAUUGACAUUCUUAUGGGCACGUUCACCAAGUCUUUUGGUGCAGCUGGAGGUUACAUCGCUGGAAACAAAGAAUUAAUCGAUAGGCUACGCAUCCGUGGUCAUGCUGGUCCUUACGCGGAAUCAAUGACCCCUCCUGUUCUUACACAAGUCGUAGCCAGCAUGGCCAGUAUCAUGGGAAUCUCGUCACCUGUCUUGACGAGCUCCAACAGCACAUCCUCGACAAACACAGUGCAAGAGGCCGUGGCUUACGACUAUCCCUCGCGUGCUCCGGCUUCUGCACUACCAACCUGGCUAAAACUUCCUCCCGCACUCGCCGACGGUAGCGAGGGCGAAACUCGGUUACGAAGGCUGGCCUUCAACUCUCGAUACCUCCACCAAGGUCUCAUCAAACUCGGUUUCAUUACCUACGGCCAUCCAGCAUCACCCAUUGUGCCGCUGUUAUUAUUCAACCCCGGGAAGAUGAACAUGUUCCAUCGCCUUAUGAAGGAUCGAAAGACGCCCAUUGUCGUUGUGGUUGUGGCAUAUCCAGCGACCACGCUUGUCACCAGUCGGGUCAGAUUCUGUGUAAGCGCCGCCCAUACCAAAGAGGACAUCGACACCGUGUUGCAGGCUUGUGAUGAAGUGGGGGAUGUGCUUGAUCUAAAGCAUGGCAUACCGCGCAGGGAGCGGUGGGCUAUAGAGAAUAUUUGUAAGAACGCGGUAGAGCUGGCUAAUUCCUAA